GAAUUCCGUGAAUGCACGUUACCAAACAAUUCCAUACCCAUGGUUGGUGUUUGGCGAAAAAGUGAAGGUCAAUAAUGUUUUCAUACGGGAUUCCACUGGUGUAUCAGAUUCAAUUCUCAUCCUUUUUGGUGGUACACUUAGCUGUGGUGUUCUGGCUGGACAUCUAAAAAUGUUGGAAGGAUAUAUUGAUUUCUUCAUGGAUCCUAGUUUGGCAGAGUGCUUUGUGAAGCUCAAGGAGGAACUUGAUAAGCUUCUUCAAAAGAAGCUUCAAGAUCCCACACUCGACAUCCACAAGGAAGGCAAGUACCUCAUGCUUUCUGUACAGGAGCUGGUAUCAGGAGAUCAAUGUGAAGGCAGGUUUGUAUUUGGCCGUGAGAGCAAGAAACGUGACGGGUGUAGUAACAGUGAUAGAUUUAUUAGAGACGGAACAAACCCUAAGAGCUUGCUACAAACUCUUUUGAUGAGGGCAGGGCAUUCCCCUCCAAAGUACAAAACAAAACAUCUCAAAACGAAUGAAUUUAGGGCGCUGGUAGAGUUCAAGGGGAUGCAGUUUGUGGGGAAGCCUAAGAAAAAUAAGCAGCUAGCAGAGAGAGAUGCCGCCAUAGAGGCAUUGGCCUGGUUAACUCACACUUCUGACAAAAGACGGGAGGAAGAUGAUGAAUCUCCACCAGAUGUCACUGACAACAUGCUGAAACUUCUUGGUAAGCACAGAAGAUCAAAGCGUCAUUCUGGUUGAUGCUGUGUUCAAAUCAAGUGGAUUGUGUAGCAGCAGGAUGGCCAAAAAAUGACAAAUUCUGUUGCUGUUCAAGAUGAAGACGAUCCCACAUCUGAUUUCAACGGCAAUGUGCUGAAACUUCUUCCGAGGCACUGGAGAUGGAGGCAUCUUCUCAUUAACUAUCACCAUAUUCCUCUACAGCUGCUUGGAAAUUUGAAGGCAGCUUUGGCCAGGGUGUAUUAUACUAGGGGGCUAACAGACAUGCGCCUGGAUGCAAGAUAAUUGGAGGCGAACAUAUGCUUCAAACGGAACCUUGUAAAUUUUUGUAUUAUUCCUGUCAAAAUUUUGUUAUUUAAGGUAACUUUUUGUAUCUUCAUCACAAGUGUCCAUUUGUAUAGAACUAGAGUGAAGUACUUUUGAGUGUUACCACCAUUUAUCAGCAGCAUUUUAGUUAUGGAGAGAGAGUUGUGUUUUUAGUAGUUUAAACCCAUCGAUAAAUUCAAAAUCAGUACUUAUAUUUUCUUUUGAAGUGUACGAUGGG